ACUCCAACGUCUCUUUCUCCUUCUAGGCUCCUCAAAUCCCUCCCUUUCUCUCUCCCUCUCCGCCCCCAAAUCUCUCCUCGGCGCAUCCACAAAUCCCUCCCCCCCUUCUCCUCCCGAUCGGCGGCCAGAGAGCGAGCGAUGGCGACGGUAAUGCCGGGGGUCUUGCUGCGCCUGCUGCAGGCGAUGCACACGGACGAGCGGGUCACCGGCGAGCACCGCUCCCCCGCGCUCCAGGUCACGGCGGUCGUGCCCGCGCUCACGGCCUCCACCGCCGACUCCCUGCUAUGCCCCUCCAACGGCUUUCUCCUCCAGCUCUCCGACGGCCUCCACUCCACCUACGUCCAGCCCUCACCCGCCGACGCCGACGCGCUCCUCUCCGCGCGGCCCCACAUCGUCGGCCACCUGGUCCACCUCGACCGCCUCCGCUUCGCCAGCCCGGUUCCCCGCGCCGUCGGCCUCCGCCCCGUUCCGUCCUCCCGAUCCCUCCCCUGCGUCGGCAACCCGGAGCCGCUCAUUGUCCGCUCCGCCGCGUGCUCCCGGGGCUACGUCAUCAGGCCGGAUUCCUCGCCCGACGCUGCGCCGCCGCUCAUGCCGUCCGGCUCCGGCAGUGCGCCACCGUCUGAUGCGAUGGAUGCUGCCGUCAAAAGGACCGUUCUUGCUCCCAGGAAUGGCCCCGAGGCCGCGGCGCUGCCAGGCGGUUCGGCCGUGAAGCGGCGGUUCUCGUCUCCGGCGCCGGCCAAGCAGCGAGAUCCGUCGCCUGCGGUGAAGGGAGCGUCCCGAGCGGCGUCUCCCUCUGUCAAGGGCGCCUCCAGAGCGUCGUCACCUGCCGUGAGAGGCACGUCCAGGUCGUCGUCGCCAGCCCCCUCGAAGUGUGUGGUUCCCAGCCUUGUUGCGGCCAAGGAGGAGAACCGCAGGGUCGCAAAGGAGCCAGCCAUUAUCGUGCCAUCGAGGUACAGGCAGCCUUCACCAGGAGGGAGAAGAGGAGCGGCCUCUCCAGGUGGCGGUGGCAGGCGGGGCUCCCUCUCACCCGGUUCCCGGAGGCUUUCAGGAGAAGGGGGCAGCAAGAAGAAGGUCGGGGUGUUGGUGUCUGGUAUCUCGAAGAUGACAGAUUUGGGGAGCGGGUCAGCCAUGAAGCCGGGGAGGAAGAGCUGGGACGAGUCGGCAAUGGCUCUUGCAGCUGCGGCCGCUGGCACGGUGAAGAAGUCCAAGGUCAAGGUGGACAGAGAUACUAUUCUGAGGACUCAGGAAGCAAUGUCACGGCGACUUAGUGAUGCUACAACAGAGCUAUCCAGUAACGAUGACACCUCUGUUGAUGAGAAGCCAAAACCACGAAAGAAGACAGAGUCUAGUGCAGGGAAGGCAAAAACAGCUCCAAAAAUCAUACUUCAUGAUGCUAAAUGGACUGAUGGCAGCGUUCCACUGGUUACAGUUUCAGAUAAACUUUCGAAGAUCGGAAAGGAAGCUGCUGAACGGAGAGAUGCAGCAGCAGCCGCUGCAGCUGACGCUCUGCAGGAGGCAUUGAUCACUGAUUCAGUUAUCAGAAAUCUGAGCAAGUUCUCUGAACUUUGUUCGUUGUCGAAGACCGCGAAUCCACUCCCAACUGUCGAUUGUUUCCUUGCUGUCUAUGAAGACACUCUCAAGUGGAAGAAAAUCGCCGAGUCAAUGGCCACCAACGGAGCAGACGAAGCUGCAUUCUGGGAGAAAUCAGCCACUCAUUGGGUUGAGGCAGCAUUAGCAACCGAACUGGAGGUCCUCAAGCUUGUUAACAGCGCCACUGGAUCCAUCUACCAGAAGAAGAGCACUGAAAAGCCCAAGGCUCCUGCAGUGGAACCACCAAGAACAAGCCUGUCCAAGAGGCCAUCGCUUGGAGCUUCUGCAAAGGUCCAGUCCAGGGCAUCACCUCUCCCUGCUGCAUGGCCUAAAACUCCGGGCAUGAACGAGACGGUUGAGCUUGCCAACACCUUGUGCCGAGAGAUGCAUGCCUGGUUUCUGAAAUUUGUGAACGAGGCCAUGGAUGUAGGCUUCCACCUGUUUGAAGACCAGAACAUUGCAACUAGGGGAAAGCAGAGCGGCCAUAUCACGGUGGUCCUGUCGCAGUUCAAGAGGAUCAGCGACUGGCUCGACGGAGUCGGUAAGAUCGCCGACGAGGAUGCGACCAAGGACAAUGUAGAGCGGUUGAAGCGCAAGAUCUACCAGUUCGUCAUCAGCCGCAUGGGGUCUGCCUUCGAGAGCUCGGUCUCAGUUUCAGCAAAGAGUUGACCGGAUGCUUCAAGCUCUGAAGUUUCUUUCUUAGCUCGCAUUUUCAUUAUUUUGUCGGGAUGAGACCACAAUUGUGGGUUGUGGCAAUGGUAUAGAUCGUUUUCAUAUGUCUUGCUCUGUGAAUAAGUUAGACUGUCUGUGACCUACAAAUGCCUCGUGUGUUUCAGUUAUGAAUGAAACCCCGUUCUUUCCGUGGUUA